GUAAGUUAUGAACAUCUGAAAAUGGAAGUCAUUUGUAGAUUAUUAUGUGUGCCAGAAGGUACAAAUGUAAGAUUCUGCUAAGGAUAAUUCUAUAAUUGCAAGGAUCAUCAAUCGCAAUAAUUUCUUACAAUGGAUAGAAGAGUUUUAGUUGUAUUUACAGUAAUAUUUUUAUUAAAAAACGUGCAUACAUGUAAAAAAUCAGUUACAACUGUUAGUGGUAGUCAUGCACCGAAAGAAGUAUGCUCUGGGAAGAUAAUAUUUCAAGACAAUUUUGAUGAUUUAGAUUUGAAGAAAUGGAACCAUGAGCAGACACUUGGUGGUGGAGGCAAUUGGGAAUUCCAAUGGUAUACCAACAGCAGAAACAACAGUUACGUGGAAAAUGGAACGCUUCAUAUCAGACCAACUCUUGUGGCCGAUGAAUAUGGCAAAGAUUUUUUAUAUAAUGGUACUAUCGAUCUAGGCAAAGAAUGUACAAAUAGUGCAUGGUUUGGAUGUCUUAGAGUUGGAACAAAAACGCAGAUAUUAAACCCCAUAAAGAGUGCUCGAAUUCGUACUGCAUAUUCCUUUUCGUUCAAAUAUGGAAAAGUUGAAGUUCGUGCCAAGAAUCCAGCAGGUGAUUGGUUAUGGCCAGCUAUUUGGUUGCUACCAACCGAUUGGAAAUACGGAGGCUGGCCGACAUCUGGAGAAAUCGAUAUGAUGGAAAGUAGAGGGAAUAGACAGCUGUUAUCAAACAGCGGUCAUAAAAUUGGUGUUCAGACCGUUGGAUACACCCUUAAUUGGGGUCCAAACCCAGAUUACAACCAAUUCUAUAAAACUCAUUUCGAUUCAUUUUUGGAUGUGGGAUAUGAUCAAGAAUUUCACAAGUAUCAGUUAGAAUGGACUCCAGAUUAUAUUAAAUUCUCAAUUGACGAUAAUGAAGUCAAUGCAGUUAUUCCGUCUUCGGGAGGAUUUUGGCAAUUGGGAGCAUUAAAUUCAACAGGUCUUAAAAAUCCUUGGAUAAAUGGUACUAAAAUGGCUCCGUAUGAUCAAGAAUUUCACUUUUCUGAUUAAUUUGGCUGUGGGUGGUCUAAGUUAUUUUCCCGACAACGCUAUUAACAUACCGGGAAGGAAACCUUGGAACAAUUUAUCACCAUAUGCUCCAACGACAUUUUGGAAUGCACGAAAUGAUUGGUUACCAACUUGGAAAAUGGAAACCAGUGACUCUCAUUUAAAAAUUGAUUAUGUCAAGGUUUGGGCACUGUGAAGAAAAAGUUUUCUUUAAAUUAUUUGUUCCAGUAAAACGUUAAUUAAUAGCUCAUUUAAUUUUAGUUCUAAUUAAAAAAUUUUAAUUAAGAAAGUUAAGUUAAUUCAAAAUGUAACAUUUUCUAAUUUUUUAUUUAUAGUUAACAAUUAAAAAAGUUUUGUUUUUUUUUUGCAACAUUGAUCUUUGACCAAUGAGUAUUACCAGUGAUGACAAAUGGAUGGCAAACAUGGACAAU